AUGGUGGGCAGUAUGGACACGUCCCUAUUUGACACGCUCCUGGACACGUUAAAUUAUAAUGUCACUGGGUGGCUAGUAUAUGAUUCAACGAACGACAAUGCGGAAGCGAAGACAGUUUCCGACUUCGAUAAAGUGGUUUAUAAUGACUACGGACUUGUCCUUGCUGACGGUAUCAAGCGAUAUGGGGAUGCGGAUAUCACUAUCACUUUGAACCUGACCAUGGACAAUCUUGGAGAUGGGGCAAACUAUGCAUUCUUCAACGGAAAGUCGUACGUUAUGCCCAAAGUCCCAGUCCUAUAUUCCGCUCUCACGACAGGCUCCGCAGCCAACGAUGCCAAAAUCUACGGCACAGACACCAAUGCCUUUGUUCUGAGCAAGGGCGAUGUAGUGGACAUCGUGCUUAACAACGACGACACAGCAAAGCAUCCCUUCCACUUGCAUGGGCAUAACUUCCAAGUUCUCUGGCGCAGCAGUGAGAGUGAAGGUUAUUUCAAUCACAGCAACGUGACAUUUGCAUCUGUGCCUAUGAGGCGGGAUACUCUUGUUGUCAAUCCUAUGGGGAACUUCGUCAUUCGCUUUGUCGCGGAUAACCCAGGAAUCUGGUUCUUCCACUGCCAUAUCGAAUGGCACAUGGACGCCGGCCUCGCAGCCGUCAUGGUCGAAGCACCCUUCUACCUCCAAGAGCAUAUGACCAUUCCUCAAAACCAUUACGACGUAUGUAAUGCCAGCGGAACGCUCACCGCGGGAAAUGCUGCCGGCAAUAUGGUCGACUUCUACGACCUUGCAGGCGAGAAUAAGGAAGUGGCUCCGCUUCCGGCCGGAUUCACGCCGCGCGGAAUUGUGGCUCUUGCUUUCAGUUGUGUGGCGGCUGUUCUCGGGUUGGCGUCGAUUGUUUGGUAUGGUAUUGCUCCGGUUACGGCAGGUCGGGUUGCAAUAUAG